AAUCGUCCAACGUUCUACGCUGUGCUGAUCUUCAAAUUUACCGAAAGCUUCAAAAGACAUUUCAAGGCGUUGAAAAUUUUCACUCCAAGGUGGCCCAAGUCUAGUACUGACUAAGAACCAAGAACACACGUACUCAAGUCCCGGCACAGUCGUGUCCGUCGUGGGGUGCAAAGAUAAGACAGACAAAACGCAAUGCGAAAGUAGUAUAGGACUAGAACUUGAGCCAAUUGGUAAGACCGUUCAAAAUUCAUCUCGGUGAUUGAAAGCCGAUCGGUGGCGCGUAAAGGGUGCCUGCGAGAGAAAACUUUUGGCGGAAUAUGAGACACGCGUGACGACAUCGCGGGGGACGCGUGACAUGCAGAGUGGACGAAUCACGACCAUGACUAGAGAGAUUUCCAUGCUUAGCACUAGAAGAUUUGAACACCGCUUUCGAACAAUGGACCACCGGUGCUAGCAAUUUAAGAUUGAAUCGAGAAAUGGUUGGCGACCUGGUAGAAUAGGAUAGUAUUGGUAACGUUUUUGUUACGCAGUCAAGAGUGAGGGCAAAAAAUUGAUCAGCAAUCAUCAUCAUCAUGCUGGAAGAAGAGCUUGAGAUUGCGUUGAAGGUGAUUGUGGUUGGGAAUGGAGGCGUCGGAAAGACAUCAAUGGUACAACGGUACUGUAAGGGGAUCUAUACAAAGGAUUACAAAAAAACGAUUGGAGUGGACUUUCUUGAGCGACAGAUCGAGCUCGAUGGUGAAGAUAUCCGUAUCAUGCUGUGGGAUACGGCUGGACAGGAGGAGUUCGACGCAAUUACGAAGGCAUAUUACCGGGGAGCGCAGGCUUGCGUAUUAACCUUCAGCACAACGGAUCGAGCGUCGUUCGAGGCGAUUCGUGAUUGGAAGGUGAAGGUGGAAAACGAAUGCAGUGAAAUACCGACCGUGCUAGUCCAGAAUAAAAUCGACCUCAUGGAUAAGGCCAUAGUGUCUUUCGAUGAGGCAGAAGCGUUAGCUCAAUCGCUCGGAUGCCGGCUGAUACGGACUUCAGUGAAGGAGGAUGUCAACGUGGCCAGUGUGUUCCGCUAUCUAGCGAAUAAGUGCCACCAACAUAUGAAGCAACAGUACAGUGCCUCGACACCGAUCAUGCAACCAACGAUCAGUGCAUUUAGUCCCACUUUCCAGUCGAAAGCCACCAGCAACACCAUACAACUAACAAGGCCAUCCGUUAAGCGAAAACCACUGCAGAAAAGGUGUGGCAUUUUUUAAAAACGCGCAGGGAGUUCAGACAGCCAGAGAGUAGAGGGCUUAGCAACGACAGAGGUGAUGAUGGUGAUGAUGAUAGCAAUUGUUUAUUUAUCUGCGUGCUCGUCUCUUCUCUGCCUCUGCCUGAGAGAAAAGAGGACUCGGGUGCUCUCUUGUUAAUAAUUGUUAAAUUGCAUGCCUGGAACAAGCGGAGAAAUUGUUAGUAAUUGGUAGUAUUUUUGUGUACUUGUACUAUUAUUUUUUUUUAAUUCUAAGUGGAGCUGAAGCUCGAGGUACAGUAGGGGUAGUUAUCAAAGUUAGCUAGGAUUUAUAUGAAAUUUGUGCCGCUCAACGAAUCUUAUCAAAGAUGUAAUUGUAAGUGACUUGAUAUACAAAAAGAAAGAUGUGUGAAAAUGUGGAAAGAGCUUAGCGAAAAGUUUAUACAUUCGGAAUGUGGAUCGUUCGAUGUUGGCUAGAGGCAAGGAACGGAAACUUUAAACAUGCAUUGUUUGUAACUAAUUGACCAUCCAGUGCAGCCUUUUCUCUCAGCUUCUUCUGUUUUUAAUCCAUUGUUCAUA